GCUUCCCGUCUCGAGCGUUCCCAGUUGUCAUGUGCAGUCCAUGAUGUGAGACGCACAAAACUACUGCACUGUCGCUGCCAUCUAGGUUAUCUAUUCAAUUCACACCCGCCCGCUAUUUGGAGAGAUUAAAUAGACACCAGGUUCAGUACCACAUCAACAAUCCAAGGACCAACCAGUAAACCGUCAGGAACCGCCCAAGCCAAGUCGACAGUUGGUGCCGCCGCCGCCAUGCUACUGCGAUUCCGUGCCCCUGAUGGCAUGUUCCGCCUGAUCUUGGAAAAGGAUAGCACCUUCGGCGAGCUCAUUACACAGCUUCUCCCUCAGCUCCCGUCGACAGUCAAUCCCCAAACGAUCACCCUCUCAAACGACCCAAGAGGCGGCGGUGCGAAAAAGAUUGGAGAAAUUGCGAGGUUCAAAGUCGGCCAGGUGGGGUUAAGCCAUGGCGACCUCGUUUUCGUCAGUUACCAGCACCAAGAGGACAUGACAAACGGCGCCACGGAUAAUGGCCAAUCGGCCGCUCUGUCAUCGUCCACAAACCGACUCAACGGAAAGCCGAUCCUUCCAGCCGAAGAUCACCCCAUCGACCCGCCUCCCAACACAUCGGCCGAGCGAAUCAGAAACCCAUGGGAAGUAGUGAGGCAGUCUCCGCUGGACGACCGACUGGACAGACAAGAUGGCAAGAUUCCGCGAAAGAGGGAUAACAAGAUGUGUCGCCACGGGCCGAAGGGCAUGUGCGACUACUGCAUGCCUCUAGAUCCCUUCAACCCCGAGUAUCUCGAGGAAAGGAAGAUCAAGUACAUGUCGGUACACGCCUACAUGCGCAAGAUCAACUCGGCCACGAACAAACCUGAGCUCGGCAGUUCCUUCAUCCCCCCACUCGUCGAGCCCUACUACCGCGUGAAGCGUGACUGCCCGUCAGGCCACCCCGAAUGGCCAGAGGGAAUUUGCACAAAGUGCCAGCCGAGCGCUAUCACCCUCCAGCCGCAGCAGUUCCGCAUGGUCGAUCACGUCGAGUUCGCGUCACCGCAAAUCAUUGACAAGUUCCUCGACGCCUGGCGCCGCACAGGAACGCAGCGCCUGGGCAUUCUUUAUGGAAAACACCUGGAAUACGACGUAGUGCCCCUCGGUAUCAAAGCCGUGGUUGAAGCCAUUUACGAGCCGCCCCAAGUGGAUGAGAUGGACGGCAUCUCACUCAACGCGUGGGAAAACGAGCAGGAGAUCAACUCAGUCGCAAGGUAUUGCGGCUUGGAACAGGUUGGCGUCAUUUGGACAGAUCUUCUCGACUCCGGCAAGGGUGAUGGGAGCGCCAUUUGCAAACGCCACGCAGACUCGUACUUCCUCGCCGCUCAGGAGGUCGUGUUUGCAGCGCGGAUGCAGGCCCAGCAUCCCAAGCCAAGCAAGUGGAGUGACACAGGGAGGUUUGGCUCCAACUUCGUCACAUGCGUCAUCUCGGGCAACGAGAAAGGGGAGAUCUCCAUCUCAGCCUAUCAGAUGUCGAAUGACGCCGUCGAAAUGGUCAGGGCGGACAUCAUCGAGCCCUCGGCUGAUCCCACCCAGAUGCUCGUCCGCGAAGAGGAAGAGGACGACGGCUCGUUGAGCAGGACACGCUACAUCCCCGAGGUCUUCUACCGCAGGAUCAACGAAUACGGCGCCAACGUUCAGGAGAAUGCAAAGCCGGCGUUCCCCGUUGAGUACCUCUUCGUCACCCUUACCCACGGUUUCCCCGAGACGCCCAAGCCCGUCUUCACCGACAGCGGGUUUCCCAUCGAGAAUAGGGAGUAUGUCGGGGAGUCUCAGGAAGUCUCGGCGGUGGCCAAGGCUCUGAAGGUAAACCGAAAGAGCGACAGCCUGGACGUCUCCGACUUCCACCUCCUCUGCUACAUCCACCAGAUGGGUGUCCUAUCCAAGGAAGAAGAAGCCCUCCUCUGCCGCGUGGCCACCCAGCACGACCUGGCCGAGUCGUUCCAGCUGCGGUCAACUACGGGGUGGCAGACGCUACACAUGAUCCUGCAAUCCACUGGCUGAACGGAGACCGCCGCUCGUAAAAAAAUCAAUAUCGCACAAGCCGAUACCCGCGUAAGGGUAUAGCUUGACCUGCCGAUGCCAUACUGGACUAGGCGUCUGGAUGCCAGGGGAAAUGAGCGUAUUUCCUGGACCCAGAUAGCUGGGCAUGAUUAGGAGACGGUGGAUUGGUUGUGUUGACCAUGGAUACUGCGGAAUAGGAGUUCGGGGUUGCGUCGUGGCCAUAGACGAUGAGAAACAGAACGGCGGGU